GAUAGCGCCAUACCACUCCCACGAGUCAAACAGCAAAGCGACACCAACUACUACACUCCAAAUACAUCAUCAGUGCAAGACAAGAGGAGACGUCGCGUCUCGAGCAUGAGAUGCUGAUGAUUGCGCCGCAUUUGGAGCACCGGUGCACGAACCGUUGUGCCAUGGGCAGAUCGGUCGGCAGCGGCAAGCCAUCGCCAACUCAGGAGCGGCAGAAACACGGAAGAAGAAGGAGACCGCAGAGAUGGAGCGAGAUGGCGAUGUUCGCUCUCUCCUUCAACAGGAUACUCGUGACCGCUACAUCGUUGUCGUUGACGGCAACGGCAGCCGAUGUUUCCCCGGGCGUGUCCACAACUUUGGCGGAGCGACAUGAGCAUGCGCGUGCGGAGCCGAUCCCGAAACCGAACGUGUUUUUCAUCAUAAUCGAUGACAUGGGGUGGAAUGACAUGGGCUACCAGAGCACCGACAUGCAUGCGGUCACGCCCAACCUGAACAGGUUGGCCGAGAGCGGGGUGAAGCUCUCUCAGUACUACAGCAUGUCCAUCUGCACCCCGGCCCGAGCUGCGCUCAUGACUGGUCGAUACCCUGUUCGCUACGGAUUCCAGUAUGAUGUCAUUCAUAUGGGCGCACCGUGGGGUCUGCCUCUCACGGAAAAGUUGUUUCCACAGUUCAUGAACGACGCUGGGUACACGUCUCACAUGGUUGGGAAGUGGCACCUCGGCUCGCACACAUUCAACCACAUGCCCCACCGGAGAGGCUUCGAGACGUACCUCGGCUACACGCAGGGCAGAGAGACCUACUGGACGCACGAGGCCAACUGGCACUACCCUUUUUCGCAACGAGACUACCCGCACCAACAGCCCCACCAGGACGGCAUCUUCUUCGACUUCGGGUUCGGCAACGAAACCGGCUACUAUGACGUGAUGCAGAAGUCACCACCCCCCGCUGGCGGCGAUGGCGAAGACUCCUUUUCUGCGCGCUCCCCCAGCAGUGCAAGCUCAUCUUCCGCGUCCCCGUUGCCCUCGACCCCCUCGUCCGGUUUGUCUUCAUCUUCAUCUUCCGAUGAGGUGAAGAGAGAAUACUCGUCCAAGAUUUUCACCGACAGGGCGCUGGAGAUUCUGCAAGGAAGGAUGACUUCUGACGACAAGCCCUUGUUCAUGUACCUUGCGUACCAGGCAGUGCACGAGCCCCUGGACACUCCUCCCGCCGAUGCUUUCAGUGCAGACGAAUUGGAGGUGCUGGAUGCCCUUAAAGACUCGUCGGCCUCGCCUCUUCGCAUUGACUUCGCCAAGGUGUUGAUGUAUUUGGACAAGAGCAUUGGGCGCCUGGUGGACUACCUCGAGAGAGAAGGUUGGAUGGACAACUCCAUCAUCGUCGUGGCCAGUGACAACGGGGGCUGUCCCAACUCAGGGGGAAGCAACUUUCCGCUGAGGGGGACCAAAGCCUCCUACUGGGAAGGCGGUACCAAGGUGCCUGCCCUCGUAUACUCUCCCAGCCACAUCCCCGAGGAGCGGCGGGGUGGGCAGUACGACGGCCUGAUGCACGUCACUGAUUGGCUCCCGACCUUAACGGCGGCCACGGGGAGCAGUGUUGUUGAGAGCCACCGGAACCUGGACGGCGUCAACCACUGGGAGCACAUCAUCGACGUCGACUCUGCGGGGUGUGGUGCGGAAGGUGGUAGCAGCAGCAGGGGCAGCAACAGCAGCUACAGUCCCAGGAAUGAGAUGCUGUACAAUUUCGACCCGUACUUCAUGGGAGCGGAGCGUGACAGACCGCUCCCCGAUCCCGAUAUUUCCCGAGCUCAAGGUGCUUUCCGGCAGGGGCAAUGGAAAUUGCUCUUCAAAGUGUGCUGUUUGGGCCACUAUGCCCUCGAGACUGACACUUCGUUCGCGAAUAAGAUGGUGUCCAAGAGCGGGACGUGCCGUCAUCAUGCGCACGACAAUCAGCAGUCAGCGGACCCAAGCAUGCCAAGAGAUGCCCCAGACUGUUACGAGUAUGGGUGCGUGGACAUCUGCGUGGAUGUGGCCGAUUGCAAGGACUGGCUGUUCGACUUGGAAAAUGACCCCACUGAAGAGCACGACCUUGCGGACACCUACCCAGAGGUUGUACAAAACUUGCGCGACCGCGUGUUCUCGGUGGUGGAUCAGGAAUAUUCGGACUCGCUGUGGGCUCCCCAAGACAUGACCGCUUACCACAUCUGGGAGAGUCACAACUAUUGGGUGGUGCCGUGGUUAGAGCCAGGACUGCGGUACAGGGCCGAAGAGGGAGUGGUCGCGUAAAAUGAUCUCUGGCCUUGGUGGUGGUGAUGUGAGAUGUAGUUCCGAAGCCGCAAUAGACGGAAUAAUUUGUGGUUGUGGUCAUCGACGGUGCUGUUGAUAGUCGGUGGUAGUCAAGAAGUUGUGAUAUCCCGAGUGUUGUAAUUGCCUUGAUCUAGAACUAAACGCGACGGUUGAUUGCCGAAAUUUUGUUUGAGAUAAUCUCCCUCCCCCCCCAAAACGUUCCUGUGGUGGGUGCCUCCUGGAGCGUCCUUGAUCCUCGAAGGGAGGUGCGGCAUCUCCGCUACCUGCCUCACUUCCGUUGCGAAAACUGAGAAUGUUACUCAUUCUCAAUUUUGAGAUCGAUCGCCGCCGACGUGUUGUCGCAUGCCAAAAAUCAACAUUCGCUCUACAGCCGG